AUGACUCCCUUUCCCGGGUACAAAAGUCCUAAAUACCAAGCCAAUAAGGCCCCAGGUGGAGGCCAAGACCCCCGCCAAGCCUCCAGCCACCGGAGUUUCCCAGGUGGGAUCCAGCGCCCCAAGGCCUGGGCCACCAGGACCGGCUUGCUGCCCCAGGCCGCUGAGCGCCAGGGGCCCGGGCCGCCUCUCCACUCGGCCCCCAUUGUUGCGGGUCCUGGCGGCCCGAGCAGGGAGUCGGGGGGCCGGCAACCGCACUCACCUCCCGCGCCGCGGCUCGGGGCCGCGCCGGGCCGGGUAGGGCCGAGGGGCCGAGCGCUCCGCUGCGCCCGCCUUGGCAGUGCCUGCGGCAGUGGCAAAGGGUAUAGAGGGAGGCAGCCGGCCAGGCCCGGGCGCCGCGGGCUGGCUCCGGCUAAGCGUCGGUCUUCUCCGGCGGCGGCGCUCUCAGCCUCCGCUGGCGGUCCGCGCCAGAAAGCUUCCCCCUCCCGGCCCGUCGUCGGGCCGCCCGGACGGGAACACGCGCCGCGGACAGGAAAGUUCCGCUGA